AUGUGGUCGGUCGGAUCUAUCUGGAUUGGAGUGUGGGCGGGUUUUGGUGAUGUUGGCGGGAAAGGAUGUACUGACUAUAAGGGAGGUAGGGCUUACGCGGAGAAGCUGGAGGAGAGUGGAUGGGAUGGAAGAGUUGAAGUUGUGGAGACUGAGGAUGAAGAUCAUGUCUUUCAUAUAAGGGAUCCUGAUUCUGACAAUGCUCGUUUACUUGUUCAGAGAUUUGCAGAGUUUCUUAGACACGUUUGUAAUAAAUAG